CAUGAUUUUACCAUUAUUAAUACUAAGUGUAAAAGUUGUUUAUGGCAGUGAUGAUUACGAUUACAUAUAAAAUGGUAGAGAUUGGCCUAAUAUACAUGAAUAUUGCUUUGGAAAAUAAACAUAAUCUCCUGUUAAUCUAGAUAAUAAUUAUACUAAUACAAAUGUACGAUACAUAAUCAUUAAUUAUAGGAAGAUGACAUGUACUUUUUUCCUAAAUACAAACCAACUAAUGUGAGAAUUACUAAAAAUGCUACAAGUCAUAGAAUUAUACCAGCAAAUGAUUCUGAUAACUUUGGUCCGCUUUAUACAGUUAAUUCUUGGUCUGAAAGUGUUGCAUAUGGUGGAAAAAUUAUUUUCUUUAGAAGUGAAGCUGAACAUACAGUCAAUGGAGUCUAAUAUAAUUUAGAAGUUUAAAUAUAACAUACCCUACUCUUUGCAACUCUUACAAAUAGAUCAACAGUCUCAGUAUUUUUUAUUCAAGAUGACACAGCAUCAAGAAAUCCAUUUCUAUAAUCAGUAUUUAUUACUUUACAUUUUUUAAAGGUCAUUGAUAAUUAUGAUAAAUAAGAAUUCACUUUAGAUUUAAGUCAAUUAGUAACCUCCUCCUUUUCUAUUUAACCAUAUUAUUUAUAUGCAGGAUCUUUUACAUAUCCAGAUUGUACAGAAAGAAAUUCUUGGUAUAUUUUUGAAAGACCAUUCAAAGCUCCCAAUUCUUAACUAUAAUUCUUUUACAAUUUGUAUCAUAAUACAGAUGUUUUUCCACAUGGCAACUUUAGAUUUAGUAUUAUUUUAAUAUUAAAUAUUCUAGUUCAGGAUAGAAAAAGUUCAGCAAAGAAAGUCAAAGUAUAUUAUAGAAAAGAUCCUUAUUAAAGUUAAUAGAAUGAAGAAUGAUAUUAUGUUAUUUAUUAUUAAAUUAUGCUC